AUGGAAAAGAAGCUGAUGGAUAAAACAUUCUCAUUAUUACUAUAUUGGAUAGUAUUUGCAUCCUUCACAUUCACUGAUUUUUACGCCGAAUGGAUAAUGAGAAUCUUUCCCUUGUACUGGGUCAUCAAGUGCAUGUAUUGCAUGUAUUUGUAUUUGCCACAAACCGAAGGUAUAAAUAUCAUGGAGGAAAAGGUUGUUCUACCGGCAUUGCAAAAAUUUAUUAAAAAGUAA